UAUCACUUAGCAAUAUAAUUUUGGAGGCCAAUCACCGCUUUGUUGUCAUCUCUCCUUCCUUUAUUUGUCUUUUUCUAAAGAAAACGAAGAAAAGCUAUAUAAUAUUGGAUGCCAAUCACGGCUUUAUUGUCAUCUCCGUAGUUUAUUUGUAUUUUGCCAAAGAAAAGGAAGAAAAGAAAGAAAAGAGGAACUGAGAGGCUUAAUUUGCAAGCUUGCUAAUCUGGGAUUCAGGUGUGUAGAGACAAAGAAAGAUCCAGUCUGCACUUGUUCCAACCUAACACCAUACUUUGUCUCUGACAUAUUUUAGAAAUCAAAUAUAUUGUAUUUCAUUGUCUAUUAUUGUUUAUUUCUUUGUGCGUUGUUUUCCUUGUCACUUGAUUAAUUCGAUAACUAAAGGGGUUUAGAGGGAAAACCAAUGUCAGACAACAACUCUCCUGAAACAAAGUAUGAUGUUUUUGUUAGCUUCAGGGGCAAGGACAUCCGUGACGGGUUUCUUAGCCAUUUGACUGACACUUUUCUAAGGAAGAAAAUAAAUGUCUUUGUAGAUGAGACAAAUCUUAAAAAGGGAGAUGAAAUAUGGCCAUCACUUGCCGUAGCAAUUGAAGUAUCAUCCAUUUCAUUGAUCAUAUUCUCACAAGACUAUGCUUCUUCGCGUUGGUGUUUAGAAGAACUUGUGAAAAUACUCGAAUGCAGAGAGAAAUAUGGACGAAUUGUAAUACCUAUUUUCUACCACGUACAACCCAAAAAUGUACGACAUCAGUUGGGGAGUUACGAAAAUAUAUUUGCUCAGCGUGGAAGAAAAUACAAGACCAAGGUGCAAAUCUGGAAAGAUGCGUUGAACAUAUCCGCUGAUUUAUCUGGAGUUGAAUCAUCAAGAUUUCAAAAUGAUGCUGAGCUGAUUCAAGAAAUUGUCAAUGUUGUGCUAAACAAGUUGGCGAAACCAUCAGUUAAUUCAAAAGGAAUUGUGGGAAUUGAUGAAGAAAUUGCAAAUGUAGAAUUAUUGAUAAGCAAAGAGCCAAAAAAAACCCGUCUUAUUGGAAUUUGGGGUAUGGGCGGUAUCGGGAAGUCAACCCUCGCAGAAAAAGUACUUAAUAAAUUACGGUCUGGAUUCGAAGGCUGUUAUUUUUUAGCCAAUGAAAGAGAACAAUCAAACAGGCAUGGAUUGAUUUCUUUGAAGGAAAAAAUAUUUUCUGAACUAUUAGGAUAUGAUGUAAAAAUUGACACUCUGUAUUCGUUGCCUGAAGAUAUUGUCAGAAGAAUUAGUUGUAUGAAGGUUCUUCUUAUUCUUGAUGAUGUAAAUGAUUUAGAUCACCUUGAAAAAUUACUAGGAACUCUUGACAAUUUUGGCUCAGGGAGUAGAAUAAUUGUCACAACUAGAGAUGAGCAGGUACUUAAAGCCAACAAAGUUGAUGAGAUUUACCGGCUUAGAGAAUUCAAUCAUGAUAAAGCACUGGAAUUUUUCAACUUGAAUACCUUUAACCAAAGUGAUGAUCAAAGGGAGUAUAGUACACUAUCAGAAAAGGUUGUUGAUUAUGCCCGAGGCAUUCCAUUAGUUCUUAAAGUUCUAGCUCAUCUUCUGCGAGGGAGAAAAAAGGAAAUAUGGGAAAGUGAGCUAGACAAGCUUAGAAGGAUGCCUCCUACCACUGUUUAUGAUGCAAUGAAGCUGAGUUAUGAUGAUCUAGAUCGUAAAGAGCAACAACUUUUUCUAGAUCUAGCAUGUUUCUUUCUUAGAUCACAUAUAAUAGUAAACGUGAGCAAUGUAAAAUCUUUAUUGAAAGAUGGUGAAAGUGAUAAUUCAGUGGUUGUUGGGUUGGAAAGGUUGAAAGAUAAAGCUCUUAUAACUAUCUCCGAGGAUAAUUGUAUAUCUAUGCAUGAUUGUUUACAAGAAAUGGCCUGGGAGAUUGUUCGUCGCGAAGACCCUGAAAGUCGUAGUUGGUUGUGGGAUCCAAAUGAUGACAUUUAUGAAGCAUUGGAAAAUGACAAGUGUACUGAGGCCAUUAGAAGCAUACGAAUUCACUUGCCAACAUUUAAGAAGCAUAAGUUAUGCCGUCACAUAUUUGCAAAGAUGAGAAGACUACAGUUUUUGGAAACUUCUGGGGAAUAUAGAUAUAAUUUCGAUUGCUUCGAUCAACAUGAUAUUCUUGCUGAAGGACUUCAAUUUUUGGCAACUGAACUAAAAUUUCUUUGUUGGUACUAUUACCCUCUAAAAUUGUUGCCAGAGAAUUUUUCUCCCGAGAAACUUGUUAUAUUGAAUAUGCCAGGGGGCAGAAUUGAAAAACUUUGGCAUGGAGUUAAGAAUUUGGUGAAUUUAAAACAACUUGACCUCGGUUGGUCCCAGAUGUUAAAGGAGCUGCCAGAUUUAUCAAAAGCCAGAAAUCUUGAAGUACUGCUUCUGGGGGGUUGUUCUAUGUUGAGUAGUGUGCAUCCGUCUAUUUUCUCUCUGCCCAAACUUGAGAAAUUAGACCUUUGGAAUUGCCGGUCCCUCACCAGACUUGCAAGUGAUUGUCACUUAUGCAGCCUCUGUUAUCUCAACCUUGAUUAUUGCAAGAAUCUUACAGAAUUCUCUCUGAUUUCAGAGAAUAUGAAAGAAUUGGGAUUACGAUUUACAAAGGUCAAAGCACUUCCCUCAACCUUUGGAUGUCAAAGCAAGCUUAAAUCGCUACAUCUAAAAGGAAGUGCCAUUGAGAGAUUACCUGCAUCUAUCAACAAUCUUACACAACUGCUACAUCUAGAGGUAAGUCGUUGCAGGAAGCUUCAAACAAUAGCAGAGCUUCCCAUGUUCCUUGAAACUCUAGAUGUCUAUUUUUGCACUUCACUUCGGACUCUACAAGAGCUUCCCCCUUUCCUUAAAACUCUAAAUGUCAAAGAUUGCAAAUCACUUCAGACUCUAGCAGAGCUACCCCUUUCCCUUAAAACUCUAAAUGUCAAAGAAUGCAAAUCACUUCAGACACUACCCAAGCUUCCCCCGCUCCUUGAAACUCUAUAUGUCCGAAAAUGCACAUCACUUCAGACUCUGCCAGAGCUUCCCUGUUUCGUUAAAACUUUAUAUGCCAUAUACUGCACAUCAUUGAAGACUGUAUUGUUCCCUUCAACUGCUGUUGAACAAUUAAAGGAAAACAGGACACGGGUUCUGUUCUUGAAUUGCUUGAAGUUGGAUGAACAUUCUCUAGAGGCUAUUGGGUUGACUGCGCAAAUCAAUGUGAUGAAAUUUGCAAACCAGCACCUAUCUACACCAAAUCACGAUCAUGUUGAAAAUUACAAUGAUUACGAUUAUGGUGAUAAUCAUCAUUCUUAUCAAGCUGUAUACCUAUAUCCAGGAAGCAGUGUUCCAGAGUGGAUGGAGUACAAGACAACCAAGGAUUAUAUAAAUAUUGAUCUCUCUUCUGCACCAUAUUCCCCCCUGCUCAGCUUCAUUUUCUGCUUCGUCCUUGAUAAGUACCGGGACACAGCACUGAUUGAAAGAUUUUAUGUUAACAUCACUGUAAAUGAUGGUGAGGGUGAACGUAAAAAGGACAGUGUCAGAAUGCACAUAGGUUAUUUGGAUUCAACAAUUGAAUCAAAUCAUGUGUGUGUGAUGUAUGACCAAAGAUGUUCUCACUUCCUAAAUAGCAGAGCCAAAAAUCAAACAAGGCUUAGAAUUGAGGUUUCAAUGGGGGUACGAAUCUUCUAUUAUGAAACUUAUAAACCACUGCAGCGGGUGUUGAAAGGAUUUGGGGUCAGUCUAAUCAGCAGCUGAGCAUAUAACGGAUUCAUUCAACAAAUUGAAUUGUGAGACUCAAUGUCUAAGUCUCAUUAAACAAAUGGAAUUGGGCCGUGCUUUGUUUCAUCCCAGGGAGAAGAAGGUUGUCUGGCCUUUUCAUGUAUUUUCUCGUAGUUAGUUAUGCCAGAUUGCCAGACAACCACAAGAAUGAAAGAAAACAUAGCAAAUGCACCAAGGUGAAGCUGAUUGAAUUGUCAAACAUGGUUUGGUUCUCUGACUCCCUCAUCAUAUGGAUGAACCUAAAUCAAGGGAACGGUACUGCAGGUGCCACUAGAUGCAUUCAUAAUUAGAAAUGUGGUUUAAUGGCACGCAAAUCUGAAAUCUCACACCUCAAUGUAUUUCAAUUUAUGGCUUCUAUUGUGGGUAUUUUCACGCAUUCUUGCAAGCUUCUAGCUAUUAUGUUGUGGCAGCCAUACUGACGUGCAUAUGCAUGUUGUUUUCUAUAUUUUGCUGAUACUGAUUCAAAAUUCUGGAUUUGUUAAGAGAUUUAGAUAAAUUAA